AUGUUUGACCCUCGGAGCGGAGGUCCCCCCGGCCCGUCCUCUUCACAAUCUCUCCAUCCAUCCGGGCUACUCUGUCUCCCCUCUGUUUUGUUGUCUGGAGACAGAGGCAGCAGCCAGGCGGGACGAAGAAAAGGAGGAAGAGGAGGAGGUGGUGUGUGGUCUUUCAGAGUACCACACACACACCGGCAGCCUGAUACCAUCUGGCAUGCUGUCAUCACUCCAGAGCAACUACAGAGGUUUGAAACAAACGAAGCUGGCCAGAGAGGCGGCACAUUUAAUUGGCUGAGCCCAAACAGUCCCAUUAUAGUGCCAGAAUAUAUAAUCCCACCCUUGAAUCGUGGCUACAAAUACCACCUCUGCUCCGAUCSAAGAUGCAGAGCGGCGACCGAGAAGCAGCAGAGAUCCUCAGAGAACCUCGGGAGAUUCAAGAUGGUCUGCUCCAGAUGUGUGAUGCUGGUCUUGGUUCUCCAUGUGGUGAUGGACCAAAUAUCUGCAGCGGUUCUACCAAACAGGUCCAGAACAAGAAGGGAGGUGGACUGGUUGGACCAGGAGCUCCUCUCUCACUCUGAUCCAUCAGAUGUCUCUGUGGGGGACGCAGGGGACGUACGCAGGGACUGGGACACACUUUCCUCUCAGUCAGAGACUGCUGCUGCUCCGACGGCACACGUUCCUGUCCAAAACCAGCAUCAGAACCAGAACCUGCACAACCGUAGAUCUUAUGAAAACAGGUUGAAAGUUGCUCGUUUGGAUCCCAUCAGCCGCUUUAAGAUCCCAACUUUUCGGCAACGAAAGGAAAAGACAAACCUCUACAGGGAAGAAUAAAUACCAGCAAAUAUAUAUUUCAUGCAUGUACCUUAUCUGUAAACUGAAAUGUGGUUUUUUUCUAUCAUGUGAGAUACUUGUGAACCGCUGCCCUCUAGUGGUGAAAGACAAACACGACAGWUUGUUGUGUGCCAAUGUCAAUAAAAUUUGUUAAAUUAAAAAAAAGUCAUUUUUGAUUUUCUGUUGGAUUCAUUAAUACUAAUAAUCCAAAGUACAACUUAUAUGAUCCCAAAGCAUUUUAUUUUUCAAGCUACAAUUAAAGAAAACAAUAACAGACUGCAGAAAAUAUAGAAUUUGCUUGGGUAUUCUCUUUCUUCACUUUCCACAUAUGUACAGCUGUCAGAGAACAGGAUAUGUACACAGAAUUGAAGUCGUACAGAGCGCAACUGCCAGGACUCUCCCAUCAACAAGAACAGAAAAAAAUAAAAAAUAGUGUAAUAAAAAAAAAAUCUGAAACCUAAGCAGCGGUCAAAGUAAUAUUUUUGUACACUACAGCUUUUAUUCUCCAGGUGAGAAAAAAAAAAUCUGAUGCAGGCACAUCUCUAAUCUGGCUUCUGAAAGAAAAACAAAGAAAUAAUACAUAAACUUUUACCAGCCGCUCAAACACUUCCGACGACGUGAAGCACUAGAACCGGACAUCUCAUGGUGACGUUUACCCUCCUGACUCAGAAAACUAUAAACAAACAAACAAAMCAAAACAAAAAGCAUCCAUAACGAGGUAAUAAACGAUUAAUCAUGAACGUAAACCACUCGGUCAUGAAGCCCGGAGCAGAUGUUUCAGAUAGUUUCCGAACCCCGCCAAUAAAUUUCAGUUUACAUUUUUAAAUGCAACAAUGAAGAACGUAUUUAUUUGAACCUUCGCUGUCAGAACGCAUCAUCUUAUUCCAUUAAUUUAAUUUAAAAAAAAAAAA